CACACACACACACACACACACAGAAACACUCUUCCUAUUGAUCUGCUCUGCCUCGUCGUUGGAGGAAGAGCUGGAGGCAUCAAACAUAACGGGAAUAAAGUGCGAGUUGAGGGAUGGAGAACUUGGCUGUGUUUUACUUGAGUAGCGCGGUGAUGGCGCUCGCCGUUCCGGGAAGAGCCGCACCCGCACCCGCGCCCGCGCCCGACCAGUACUCCCGCGGUAUGGAUUGGCUGAGCAGAUAUGGGUAUCUCCCUCUUCCUGAUCCACGGACAGGGAGAUUGCAGACCAAAGAAGGCAUGGAGAAAGCCAUCAGACAGAUGCAGAGGUUCGCAGGCCUGAAGGAAACGGGCAAACUUGAUGGGGACACACUAAAACAGAUGUCGCUGCCUAGAUGCUCACUGCCGGACAUUGUCGGCACAGAGGACAUGCUGAGAAGGAGGAAGAAGCGCUAUGCUCUCUCCGGGUCCAGUUGGGAAACGACUAGUCUGAAAUGGAGUGUCCUGAGCUACCCCAAUCCUUCCUUACUCAAAAGGGAACAUGUGCAAUCGAUUAUGUACUAUGCCCUCAAAGUCUGGAGCAACAGCACCAACCUCGAAUUCGUCUCGGUCCCCAUAAACGAGGCCGAUCGUGCCGAAAUCCGAAUUUCCUUCGAACGCUCCCUCCAUGACGACGGCUAUCCUUUCGAUGGGAAGGGAGGCACACUCGCUCAUGCCUUCUUCCCUGGCCAGGCUGACAUCAACGGGGACACCCACUUCGAUGAUGAGGAGACAUGGACGUACGGCCGGCCAGAUGGAGAAGGAACCGAUCUCUUUACUGUAGCUGUGCACGAGUUUGGCCAUGCGUUAGGUCUUUCUCACUCGUCGGCUAGUCCCUCGAUCAUGCGCCCGUACUACCAAGGACCGGUGGGAGACAUUAGCAGAUACACACUUCCCAUGGAUGACCUGCUCGCCAUCCAGACGCUGUAUGGAAUCAAAGCAAACAGAGCAACACCUCCCCCUAGUGGUGAUUUAACUCCAGGUGUCCCUGAGCUGCCCAAAAUUCCAUCAACCAAAGGGACUGUACAGCCCAACCCUGGUUACCAGGAUCGCUGUGAGGGAGGAUUUGAUGCAGUCGCCAACAUCAGAGGCGAUGUCUUCUUUUUUAAAGGACCUUAUUUCUGGCGAGUGCAGCGAUCUGGAUCUUUGGUGUCCCUCGCCCCUGCUUUCAUCAAAAACUUCUGGGUUGGACUGCCACCCGACGCAAACAAGAUAGACGCUGUUUAUGAGCGAAAGAUUGACAGUCGCAUCAUCUUCUUUAUAGGUUCACAGUACUGGAUUUUCAAGGACACUGUGGCAUUGCCUGGUUACCCACGGCCUUUGUCUGAAUGGAGCAUGAGAACUCCCGAUGGGAGGAUGGUGGAUCGAGUGGACGCAGCAUUCGUUUGGGCCCAUAAUGGCCACACGUAUCUAUUUAGUGGUGAUCAUUUUUGGAGGUUCACAGAGAAUCAGGGGGAAAUAGUAUCGCAUCCAGAUGCGGACUACCCAAGAAGUGCCUCCCUCUGGAAGGGGGUGCCCAGCAAUCUUGAUGACAUCAUGAGCUGGGGGAAAGCGGGAGACACCUACGUCUUCAAGGGCAACUCCUACUGGGUCCUAAAGAGUGGAGGAAUGGAUCAGGACGUUCUGAAUCCCAAAUCGACGGCAACCGAUUGGAUGUUUUGUCCGACCCCGACACCACCCGUCCAAUACCCGCUAACCCCAAACCCUUGCAAAUGCAGCUGUGAUGUUAAGAAUGCUUCCACACUCGCCGGAACUUCAUCGCUAGUUAUUUUAAUAAUGGUUCGGUGCAUCAGUGUGCUGAUUUAAACUGAUUACUCGGUUGAAUUGGAAGAAAUGUGACAUUAUGGCACUGAUUAUGCAUAUGUCAAGUCAAGGACUUUCGGUUGCUGAGUAUGCUGUUUCACUGCUUGCCUGAAAUGCAAAAAAUUUGAAACAAGCUAAAUUCAAUCAAAGAAGUGAUUCAUAUGAUGAAGGGUUUUAAGGAAAAUUUGAGUGUCUGCUAUGAUCAAACCGAAUUUAUGAACCUCUAUAGUGAUUAUAAAGACUAUUAUGAGCUUGUGUUUCUUUCUGCAAAUUUCGGCUCUUAGAGGUUGUAUGUGUGCAGGUUUCUGGACAUUUGCAUAUCGAGUGAAUUUGGACUUUUCGAUAAGGAUACAAGUGCAGGUACCUUUUUUUUUUUAAUCGAAUUAGAUUUAUUGUCUAUAAAUCCUAUGCAAUGGAAUGUAUGACUUGUUAUAGUAGAAAGAAUUGGGAAACCAAAUAGUCAAAAUGUUUAAAUAUGCAAGUAUAUGUAAAUAUUUAUUCAUUCUUGUAUUCGGUCCUCUGUCAAUGCAUUUCAAUCAAUUCCUUGCUGUUUUCUUACAAAAUGCUAUAAGCGAUUUAUAUGAUUGUUUGGCCAGAAAAAUAUAUUAUAUAUAAGAGCUCUCUUUUGGGCUUUAUAACACAUGCAACCUUUAUUCUCCAUAGGUACCUUAAAUACUUUUUUAUUUUUUAUUAUUGCUAUUUUAUCAAACGUUUCAUUGAUUUCUUCGUUCUUUUGACGAGAAGAAAAUUUGACAGAUACGUCCAUCAGCCUAAAUGUCAAGCAUAUGGGGAAAUUUGCGGGUCAGAAUCCCCACUGUUCAAGUCAGGAGUAAUUUGUUUUUAUUAUUAUUAUUUUCUUUUGAAUGUUUUUUUUUUCUAUUCCCAAUUCAACUAUAAAUAUAACUGUAUUUUUAAGCAUCUUUUUUAAUUGAGCUGGUGAAGACAUUAAUAAAUCAAGUUACAUCUAUGCCAA